GAGACCGGGGAUGCGCUUGCACUCGCACCGCAGCCGGCACCGCCUCCGCAGCGACCGCCGCCACGGCGACGCUGGCGGCCGCGGCGCUCCUGGCAGCCUUCGCAGGCGGUCACCUUCCAGCGCUCCCGAUGUUGGCGCGGCAGGCGGCGGAGAAGGCUCUCCCGCGGUGGUCACGUGUCGUUCCCGCCGUGGAUCGGAAGAUGCUGACGGAGGUCCGGCCGCGGGUCUGCACGUCGGUGUCCGGGAAGGACGUCCUCGGGGACACCAUCCAAGGCAGCCGCGUGCUCACGGGCGGCGACGCGGACGGCUGCCUGGAGCACUGCCGCAGUCAUCCGGGCUGCGGCUGCUACGCGUUCGACCCGAGCCGCAACGGGUCCUGCUGGCUCAAGAGGGGCCCGUGCAACGAGCUCUAUACGUGGCACGAGGCCGAUGACAUGACGGCAGGAACUUGCCGCGACAGGCGGCCGCAGAUCUGUACCAGCGAGUUUGGUAAGGACAUCGUGGGGACUCUGCUUGCACAAGACGGCGUGUUCAGGAACGACGACGCUGUCACGUGCCGCCAGCGCUGCGAGCAGACCGAAGGCUGCAACUGCUACACGUUCGACCCAAGCCACGACGAGACCUGCUGGCUCAAGAGUGGCGCUUGCGACCAGUUCUCCGAAGGGGAGCAGACGGCGCACAUGCUCAGCGGAGCCUGCCAUGAGGAGCGGCCCAUGUUCGACCUGCCCGGCAGCACCCAGCCGGACGAUGGCGGCAGGCUGGCGGCGAGCGCCGUUAAACAGAGCCAGCAGACCAGCCGGCAGACUUGCAGCACCGUGACCAGGAGGGACCUCGUCGGUGCGAAGGCGCUCGAGGACGCCACGGGCGGGGUGUUCACGAACGCGACGGCGAGCUCGUGCAGGAGUCGGUGCGAGGGCCUGCGGGCCUGCAAGUGCUACGCGUUCGACCCUCGUCGCAACAGCACGUGCUGGCUGAAGGAGGGGGACCGGUGCGACGGGGGCUACGACGCGUCGCCGGAGGCGGGCGACAUGGUCUCUGGGGCCUGCAGGCCGGGCGGGCCCCUCCGCGACUGGCCCCUGCGCGCCGCGGGCGCGGAGGCCGGCCCUUUGGAGAGGUUCCGGGUGGUCGCGGGCGCCAGGAGAAGGGCACGGUCGGCCUGCUCAGCCACCACGGCACCUACGUCGCAGCUCAGAGCGAUGGCUUCGUCUCCGUGGACGGCGGCGGCGUGGGCGACUGGGAGACAUUCGAGGAGGUUUGGCUCCCAAACGGGCGCGUCGCCUUCAAGAGCUUCCACGGUGGCUUCCUUGCGCCAGCGGAGGGCGGCACGGUCCUGGCCAGCGCAAGAGGGUCCGGCGACCAGGAGUCGUUCGAGGUGA